GGUAUCUGUAACAGUGUAGCCUUUUAUAUGACUACGAAGAGAUCCAAAAAUGUCGACUAGUAGUACACUUAGUAACUAUUAUGUAGACUCUAUAAUAGGGCAUGAAGCUGAGGACGUGUAUGGGGCUCGCUUUGUCCAGGGCUCGCACACGGCGACCUCAAGGCCACCAGGUGUCGGAGAUAACGCUGAUUUUUCGUCCUGUAGCUUUGCACCCAAGUCCGCCGUCUUCCCCACGUCUUGGUCCUCGGUUCACCCACAGUCCACCGCCGCAGUCUCAGGGAUUUACCAUCCCUACGUGCACCAGUCCCAACUCGCAGGCGCAGACAACAGAUACGUCCGCUCCUGGAUAGACCCAAUCUCCAACUCCGUUUCUUUUUCCGGCUUCCAUCCGACCAGUCGGCAUUACGGGACAAAGCCCGAAAGUUUACCGUCGAAAAGGACUGAGUGCGCCACCUUCGAGGCGCAAACCCCGGUCGCCCCGGACUACAUUUGCGGAGCGGUAUCAGACAGCAAGGAAAAACCUACCAAAGACCCUAUUGGCAGCGAUAUUUCGAGUCACAGCGAGCCCAAAGAAGAGAAGCAACAGCAACUUGACCCAAGCAACCCGGCUGCGAAUUGGAUUCAUGCACGAUCAACGAGGAAGAAGCGAUGUCCUUACACUAAGUAUCAGACCCUUGAACUGGAAAAAGAAUUCCUGUAUAACAUGUACCUUACGCGAGAUCGCCGUUACGAAGUUGCCAGAAUUCUUAAUUUAACCGAAAGGCAGGUAAAAAUCUGGUUCCAAAACAGAAGAAUGAAAAUGAAAAAGAUGAACAGGGAAAGGAGUACUAAGGAUCAACAGUGA